UGCAUCUGAAUCUGACGCUCUGACGAGACGGCAUCAUCCUAGGCUACUAGCUCCUUGCUUCAGCUGUUCUCGCAGCCCGCUCGCGUCAGCUUAUCCAGGUCACUGCGUGUGUGAAUUCUCAGGGAUCGGGAUCUCAGUACAGGUGGUGAUCAUCGCGAGUGCACGCUUUGACGCUAAGACACGUUUUCGCCAUGGCGGGAAUGGGAAUGAUGCAACCGCAGAUCAUCCUCCUUAAAGACGGAACCGAUACAUCGCAAGGCAAGCCGCAGCUGAUCAGCAACAUCAACGCGUGCCUAGCUGUCGUGGACACGAUCCGCACAACCUUGGGUCCACGUGGCAUGGAUAAGCUGAUCCAUGACGAGCGCGGCAACACCACCAUCUCCAACGACGGAGCCACCAUCCUCAAGCUGCUCGAGAUCGUGCACCCCGCCGCGAAAACUCUGGUCGAUAUCGCCAGAUCACAGGACGAGGAGGUGGGCGACGGCACGACCACAGUGACGCUAUUGGCUGGCGAGUUCCUGCGACAGGCCAAGCCGUUCGUGGAGGAGGGCGUGCACCCGCAGCUCAUAUGCCGGGCGUUCCGCGCUGCUGCUCGCCUCGCGGUGGAGAAGGUGCGCGAGGUGGCGAUCUCCAUCGAGGGCAAGGCGGAGGGCGAGAAGCGCGAGCUGCUGCACAAGUGCGCGGCGACCACGCUGAGCUCGAAGCUGGUCGGCGGCGAGAAGGACUUCUUCGCGCGCAUGGUGGUGGACGCCGUGUGCUCCUUGGAUGAAGAUGUGCCGCUCAACAUGAUUGGCAUUAAGAAGGUGCCAGGCGGGACAAUGCGUGACUCUUUCUUGGUGGAGGGUGUCGCUUUCAAGAAGACCUUCUCGUAUGCAGGCUUUGAGCAGCAGCCCAAGAGCUUCGAGGCCCCCAAGAUCCUCCUUUUGAACAUUGAGCUGGAGCUGAAGAGCGAGAAGGAGAACGCGGAGGUGCGGCUGACGGACCCGUCGCAGUACCAGUCGAUCGUGGACGCCGAGUGGAACAUCAUCUACUCCAAGCUCGAUAAAUGCGUGCAGAGUGGGGCGAAGAUUGUCUUGUCACGCCUCGCCAUUGGAGAUCUGGCCACCCAGUACUUUGCUGACCGGGACAUCUUCUGCGCGGGGCGAGUGGCAGACGACGACAUGCAGCGAGUGGCCAAGGCCACGGGGGGGGCCGUGCAGACCACUGUGAACGACCUCAUCCCGGAUGUGCUUGGCAGCUGCGCGCUGUUCGAGGAGCGGCAGGUUGGCAACGAGCGCUACAACCUCUUCACUGGGUGCUCCAACGCCAAGACUGCCACCAUCGUGCUGAGGGGAGGGGCGGACCAGUUCAUAGAGGAGGCGGAGCGUAGCCUGCACGACGCCAUCAUGAUCGUGAGGCGCGCCAUCAAGAACGCUGCAGUGGUGCCCGGGGGAGGCGCCAUUGACAUGGAGGUCAGCCGCCACCUGCGUCUGCAUGCGCGCACCAUAGCCGGCAAGCAGCAGCUCUUCAUCAACGCGUUUGCGCGCGCGCUAGAGGUGAUUCCGCGGCAGCUGUGUGACAAUGCGGGGUUCGACUCCACUGACGUGCUCAACAAGCUCAGGCAGAAGCACGCCCUGCCCUCUGGCGAGGGGCAGCGGUUUGGAGUGGACGUGAACUCGGGCGGCAUUGUGGACACAUAUGCGUCAUUUGUGUGGGAGCCCAUUGUGGUCAAGGUGAAUGCCAUCACUGCAGCAACAGAAGCUGCCUGUCUGGUGCUCAGUGUUGAUGAGACAGUCCGCAACCCACGGUCCGAGAGUGCACAGGAUGGUGGAAUGGGUGGCAUGGGCCGGGGAGGUGGUGGGAUGCGUGGAAGGGGUCGAGGCAUGAGGCGGCGAUAAGGAACAUGAGGAACUAUUUUCCGAUGUGAUUCUGGUGUAUUGGGAUCCGAUAUGCAUUUUGUGUUAGCAUGGCUCGCUUUGAUGUUGAGGUAGUACUAGUUGCUAGCGCUUUGUAUGCCUUAAUCCUGAAGAUGGCUAAGAAUAUAACGGAUCUUGCUAAGUAAUACGCC